GAUGGUGAAUGUGACAAGGCAGUGGCACCACAGCUGGGGCUACUAAAAGAAAUUAAGACAGAACCCGACAAUGCUCAAGCAUGUCACAUACUAAAGAACCUACAAAGGAUGAACUGACUCAAGCUACGAGUUAUUCUGUAUGUAGGAACAGAUUUCUUUAGAAUAUUGGUAUAUGAACCUGCUGAAAUUUCUAAUAAAACAAAAAGUAAAUCAGUAAAAAAAUUAGUUUCAGUAUUCUGUUUAGAAAUAACCUAAAGUAGAUGAGUAUUGGGAGUAUGAUUACCAUUGCGUUGACGGCACUGGAAACUAACCAAUUAGGAAGUAUCUAUUACUCUUCAACCCAUGGACAUUUAGACACAUAGAUCAAGUUUGAAUAUGAUAGCUAUAACAAGUAGGAAAAAUAAUUGUCAUGAACAUGUCUACUGUCUGUUGGUAGUGGCUGUUCUUGACAAAGAUUCUGAAAUGACAUCUGGGUACCAAAGAAAUACAAAACAAUGUAGUGAGUGAUUGAUGUUUUUACCAAAGGGCAUCAAAAAGGUAAUACUUACUAAUAUACCUUGGUUCAACUCGGUUAUUCAAUCCAUUGGACAAACUUGAGCAUAAUUACCUGCUGAGUGACUGGUUGUUUUAAGUACAUGGUAUUCAUUAUUUUCAACUCUCUUUUUUAGGAGUAUUGUCAAGCCCAACAGUCCAAAGCUCAGGAGAGUGAACUGAAAACAAACACUGUGUUUUCAGACAGUGCUUCACAGUUAACUACAGGCACUCAGCUUUCUCUGGCAUCUCCUGGCACGAAUAAAAUGCUUCCUUCAGUUUCAGCCACAGCUAUUCAGGUUUCCUGUUCUGGCUGCAAAAAAAUUCUCCAGAAGGGACAAACUGCUUAUCAGAGGAAAGGAUCUACUCAACUUUUUUGCUCUACCCCAUGCAUCAGUGAAUACAUUUCAUCUGCCAGUUCACCAGCUCCUACCAAGAGAACUUGUUCAAACUGCUCAAAAGACAUUUUAAAUUCAAAGGAUGUGAUCACUAUCCAGCUGGAAGAUACUAGCUCUAGCAGAAAUUUUUGCAGCCCAUCUUGUCUUUUAUCAUAUGAAGAAAAAAGAAAACCAUUUGUUACCAUAUGCUCUAACAGCGAUUUGACCAAGUGCAGCAUGUGUCAGAAGACUGCUGUUAUUCAGUAUGAAGUAAAAUAUCAAAAUGUGAAACAUAGUCUUUGCAGUGGUGCCUGCUUUUCAAAGUUUCACUCUGCUAACAACCUCAUCAUGAACUGUUGUGAAAACUGUGGAGCUUAUUGUUACACCAGCUCUAGUGUGUUCCAGAUAUUUCAGAUGGAAGGACCGUCCCAGAACUGUAGCAGUUCAAAGAAUAUUACAGCAUAUAAGCAGAAACCAGCCAAACCACUUACGUCUGGUCCUUGCAAAUCAUUGAAGCCCUCAGAUGAAAUGAUUGAGACUACGAAUGACUUGGGGAAGACAGAGCUUUUCUGUUCUUUUAAUUGUUUCUCUGCAUACAAUAAACCAAAGAUGGAAUCUUCUACAGAUGUUUCCAUGGUGCAUGAUAAUUCAACAGAGCUCCUUUCUCCAAAGAAAGAUACAACUCCAGUUAUAAGCAAUAUAGUGUCAUUGGCAGACACUCAUGUCUCUUUGCCCAUCAUGAACACUGAUACCUUGCAAGGUACAGUUUCUUCAGUAAUGGCAAAUAUCACUGAGGAUAGUUCUUCACCCAGUGAGUCAAGCAGUAGUGCUACUAAUAGUGGUGUGGAACAGCCAAGCCUUUCACCAUCUUUGUCACUCCUCAGUCAGCUUACAGUUGGUUCCAGUACAGAAGUACAAAAAGAUAAAGUAUCAAACCAGGAUCCUUCAUACAAUAUGAAAUCUAUGAACGUAAGUGAUGGACUGUGUCACCGAGAAUUUACGUCCAAAGUGCAAAAAGUCAAAGGUAAAUCACAAAGGAUUAAAAAAUCUUGUGCAAAUUUUCAGCAUUUGCAAGACAGUAUUAAAAAAGAUAUGACAUUUUGUUAUUCAUGCCAGUUGUUCUGCCAAAACAAUUUUAGCUAUGGAAGAAAGUCAUUUGCAACUCCUAAUUGGAAAAAAACUCUGGAAAAAUUCAGGAAACAUGAAAAAAGUGAAAUGCAUUUGAAAUCAUUGAAAUUUUGGCGGCAGUAUCAGUUUUGUGAUGAAACUGUUAAUGAUAAUUUACCUAUUCAUUCAAAACAGAUUGAGAGAAAUAAAAAAUACCUGAAGUUAAUAAUUGAAAAUAUUUUAUUUCUUGGAAAGCAGUGUUUACCCUUAAGGGGAAAGGACCAGUCUAUUUCAUAUGUGAAUAAAGGCAAUUUUUUGGAACUGUUAGAAAUCAGAGCAAAAGAUAAAGGAGCAGAAAUAUUUCAACUUACGAAUUCACAAGUCGACUUCUAUAAUAGUACACAAAUUCAAAGUGAUAUUAUUGAAAUAAUAAAGACUGAAAUGUUGCAGGAUAUUGUGAAUGAGAUCAAUGACUGCUCAGCCUUUUCCAUAAUAUGUGAUGAGAUAACUGACAGAGGAACUACAGAACGGCUUUCAGUUUGUGUAAGAUACCCACAGAAAUCACCAAACGCUGUCUUCAUUAAAGAAAGAUUCUUGGGUUUUGUUGAUACUGGAGAGAUGACUGGGACCCCUUUACAUAAUACUGUCAAAACUUACUUAGAGCAACUUGGAGUUGAUUUGAAUAAAAUGCAUGGCCAGGCUUAUGAUAGUACCACUAAUUUGAGGAUAAGAUUUAGUAAAAUUGCAGCAGAAUUCAAAAAGGAAAAACCAAGAGCUUUAUACAUACAUUGUUAUGCUCACUUUUUGGAUUUAGCAGUAAUUAGGUUUUGUAAAGAAGUAAAAGAACUCCGAAGUACUCUAAAUGCUCUCAGUUCUUUGUUCAGUGCUAUUCAUAUGUCUGGAGAAAUGUUGGCAAAUUUUCAGAACAUUUGUAAGCUAAGUCAAAACAAAACAUGCAAGAAGCACAUAUCACAAUCAUGCUGGACGGCCCAUGAGCGUACCCUGCUAUCUGUGAUCGACAAUCUUCCAGAGAUUAUUGAAACAUUGGAAGUCAUAUCGAGCCAUUAUGCAAACACAAGUCUGGCUGAUGAAUUGAGUGAUUUGCUGAGAUUGGUUUCCAGAUUUGAAUUUGUCUUCUGUUUGAAAUUUCUCUAUCGAGUGCUAAGUGUUACAGGAAUUCUUUCCAAAGAGCUUCAAAGUAAAACCAUAGACAUUUUUUCUCUAUCUUCAAAAAUAGAAGCAAUUUUGGAAUGUUUAUUAUCUGAAAGAAAUGAUAUAUAUUUCAAAACUAUUUGGGAUGAAGCAGAGGAAAUAUGUCAAAAAAUAACCUGUAAAGGUUUUGAAGUUGAAAAACCCUCUCUUCAGAAAAGAAGAAAAAUUCAGAAAACAAUAGAUCUUGACAAUUCAGAUAGUAUGUUUUUUCCUACUUCAGCAGAAGAACUAUAUAGAGUUAAUAUUUAUUACCAAGGAUUGGAUACUGUAUUACAAAAUUUUAAAUUAUGUUUUUCAGAGUUUGAUUAUUACAAAAUAAAGCAAAUUUCAGAACUGUUAUUUAAAUGGAAUGAACCAUUAAAUGAAACAACAGCCAAAAGUGUUCAAGAAUUUUAUAAACUUGAUGCUGACAUUAUCCCAGAGCUUAGAUUUUAUCGGCAUUAUGCAAAGCGUAACUUUGUUGUAGAUAAUGAUUGCCUCAACUUCAUCAGUCUUGGCUAUUUAUUUAUUCAACAUGGUCUACACAAUAAUAUUCCUUGCAUCUCAGAGCUGCUAUUUAUUGCUUUGUCUUGGCCAAUUACUUCACCAAGUACUGAAAACUCAUUAUCUGUACUGCCCCGUCUUAAAACGUAUUUAUGUCAUACCAUGGGACAAGAGAAGAUUAGUUCCCUGGCCCUAAUGGCUGUUGAGCAGGAAUUGGUAAAUAAACUCAUGGAACCUGAAAGACUCAAUGGAAUUGUGGAAAAGUUUGUCAGUCAGAUCAAAGACACAUAAUGAGACAGAACGAGAUAUAGACCAAUAUACAGAUAUACCUCUUUUAGAACUCAGUUCCUCCCUGGAGUAUUACCUGUUCUUUAAAUAUCUUUCUAGAGAUAUUUUUUGUAAGUGGUACUGUAAAAUGCACACUGUUCUUCCACAUAACAUAUUUUUGAGAUUGUCCCAUAUCUGUACAUAAAGAGUUUCUUGAUUUUUUUUGCAACUGCAGAUUUCAUUGUGUGAAUGAAUGUACCAUAAUAUAUUUGAGUAAUCCUUAAUGACAUGUUUUCUCUAAUCUUUUGCUAUUAUAAACACUUUAAUAACCUUGCACAUAGAUCAUAUGGUACACAAGUGAGUAUAAGAUAAAAUCUGAAAUUACAUUUAGAUCAGAAGAUUGUGCAUUUUUAUUUUUGAUAGAUCUAUAUAUGCGGAUUGUGCCAAUUUACACUCCCAUGAUACUUGAGGUGCCUAAUUUCUUUAAAUCUUUAUAAACAGUGUAUCAAAUGUUUUGAUCUUUGCCAAGCUGUUAGUUGAAAAUGGUAUUUUAAUCUCAGUCGAAUUUUAUAUUUUCACUUAAUAAGGUUGGAUGCCUGUUUCAGUUCUUUGUAUUUCUUUUUUUUUGUAACUGUCAUGUUUAAAAAUUAAAAUUAAAUAUUGCUGUAUUUAUACCUCACCUGGAUAACACAGCAAAUUAUUGAGCUACUUGAUUAAAAUAUGACUAUUUUCAAAUAAAUAACACCCA